AUGUUGUGGCAUUCCUUCCAGGAGGUACCGAAUACAUCGUUCUCCAUUACACCUAUCUCUGUGGAUGGCCCUGCCAAUAUGAUCUUGGCCAAUGGUAGAUUGAGUUUGUCUAAAGCUCCAUACAAUACAUCUUCCUUCUCAUUGUUUGUUGGUGAUUGCAUUGCGAUCAAUGUAUCCAAGAUUGUCACAUCCUCACCUCCAACCCACGUCCAUGUUAAAGAAUCAAAGAUUGCUCCACGUCCUAUCAGAUACUGGCAGAUUGAGUAG